ACCAGUAUGUGCCCCUCCCCAAAUCAAGAAAGUACUUAUAUAAUGGGCUUGUUGAAAGCGAGUAGAAGGACUCCAAGGAAGACUUCCAACUUGAUCUCUUUUUUCAACACCAGGUUUCAACCAGUAAAGGUGCCUUUUUGGCCUGGCAGAUCUGACCAUGAAUUUCAAGGGAUCUGGCCCCGUUCUCUUUGUGCUCCUGGCCGUGGUGUUCAUCGUUGGGACCUAUGCCGCCGACUACCAGACCUUCCUAAGACAGCACUACGACAAUCCCAGAAGCAACGUGGGAAACCGCUACUGCAAUGCCAUGAUGCAAAGACGUGGCAUGACCAGACCCCAAUGCAAGUCGGUCAACUCUUUUGUCCAUGGCUCCAAGAGACAAAUCACAGAUGUGUGUGGCAGAGCGGGGAAACCAUUUGGGAACAACUUACGCCGUAGCAAUAGGCAAUUCUCUGUUACCACCUGCAGGCAUAUCGGGGGAUCCACCCGUCCGCCCUGUAACUACAGAGAGAACAGGUCAAAUAGAUAUAUUGUCAUUGCUUGCAGAGAUAGAAGGCCUAUACACUUUGAUGAAGGCCAAAUCUAAGAUGACAGCUGUGCUGUAUAUUUCCAGAAAUUCUCCUGCAUUGCAAAAUUACUAUUCCCCAUCCUGCUCUAAAAUUAUGCUAUCCUCCUUCCCUACAUCUAUUGUGAGGAAUGUACUUAUGGAAUGUUCAGCUCACUGCUAAGCUAAAAGCAAAGCAAAUAGUUGUUCUUUUGGCCAUUGUUAUGUGGAAAUAAAAAAAAAUCUGUUAAUAAAA